GAGAAUGCUUCAAAUGCUUCUACCCAAUAAGGACAGUAGUCAAAGCGCACCGCCUCCUCUUUGUGAAGAUGCGCCCAGGGUAGGUCAGGAUGCCGAACAAGGCGGAGCCAACUGACAUGGGAACAGAGCGUACAAGGUCACGCAGGGCACAGCGAGCUGAGCGGGUCUUAUAUAAAAGGAAGACUUAAUCUUCUUUGCAUACAUAGAGCCCUUUUUGUUGUCUUACAAGAAGCAACACUCCUCCAAUUUCGUCAUCAUGAGAACUUUCGUCGUUGUCUGUGCUCUGGUGGGCGUGGCCGUAGCCCUGAAAGGCCUCCGUCAGCGGAGGGACUCCUCGUCCAUCUUCUUCGACCUCCCGUCCAACGCCUCCCUCGUCUUGGGCGGCAUCCAGACGGGCUUCAGCUGCGAUGACCUGCCCUACGGCUACUACGCCGACGAAGCCAAUGACUGCGCCGUCUUCCACGUCUGCCUCCCCUACAUCGACCACGACCUCUUCGUCGUCAGGCAUUUCUCCUUCUUCUGCGGAGCGGGAACUGUCUUCAACCAGGAGAAACUCGUCUGCGACUAUCCAGAGUUCGCCCUUCCGUGUUCCGAAGCCGCCUCCUACAGGAGCUCUAACGGAUACUUCGGUUCGGAAGUGAACUUCUUGGAGAAAUAAGAGGCGAUAGAUAGAUAGAAAAUAGAUAGAUAGAUCUGCGUGCAUAGACUAAGGCAACCUCGAAAUGACCCUGAAAUACGUUUUCUUAUGUUAAAUUCUGAAAACAACUGCGCAAAUAAACUUGUUAACCCGUG